UUUACUUAAUAUAAUUAUUUUCCGAAAAUAAAAAUAAAAAACAUAUCAUUCUAAGAUUUACAUAUGGAUAACACACACCCUACAGAGCCAAUUAAGGUAUUCUUCAUCCUUGGUGAACCUGGUUCAGGAAAGUCAUUGAGCUGUGCUCACCUUGUAAAAACAUUUGGCUAUACGCAUUACAGUGCUGGUGAUUUCCUUCGCCAUGCCUCAAAGUCUGAUAGAGUAAGAUUGCAACGAUAAUUCGAAAUUGCAUAAACACUGGCAAUAUUGUGCCGGAUAAAAUAACAUUGGACUUAAUUCACAAUGCUAUAAAGAGCAACCCCAACCCCAAUGGUUAUCUUAUUGACGGCUUUCCAAGAACAUUAGCUCAAGGACAGAUGUUUGAGGAAAGCAUUGUACCUGCUACCGGGGUAAUUUACUUGGAUUGCCGUGAUGAAACUAUGGCAAAACGACUUCAGGGUCGAGCUCAAAGUCAAGGCGGUGAAAAACGUGAGGAUGAUGUAUUGGAGGUUAUCCAAACCCGUUUUCGUGUUCACCAUGCUCAGUGUGAGCCUGUCGUAGAUGCAUACAAGGCUCGAGGACGUUGUCAUGUGAUCGAUGCAAACCAAGAUACUGAUACUGUUUGUAAAAAUCUAGUGGAUCUGUUAUUGUCUAUGAAUGAGAAGAUCAAUGUUUAA